UUUGAUGGGCCGUUCAGCAAACUGCAUGCAAUAUCAAUUUAAUAAACAUGUACAAUUAAUGCGCUGUUGUUGUUUUUUUUAAUUUCCCUAUAUGAACUUGGUCUUCAGUGCGAUAGUUUUAAUGCAUGCCUUUUUAUUCACGAUGAGAAUGCAUGCUCAUUUUUUAUCACAGAUAACGAGGCGUGUCUCUGUUGUGCAGGUGUCAGCAAAAGCCACCGACAGACGCUGAUAGUGAACACUAUAAAAAGCAUUGCACGUAACAUAUGUGUCAAUGAUUGUCACCACUUUAGACAAUUAAAAUGAAAGCUAGCUGUUUAUUCGUAAGUGUAUUUCUGUGGAAUCCGACACUAGGAUUUGUUCUGAAUUCGAUCAGGACAGCAGAAAGCGAGACACGAUAUAGUAGGGAGAUCUUUUUUUGAGGAAGACCGGUGAUGGAUUUCACUGAACCACUGACGAUUGCUAAGCUGGAAGAGAGUGGCUGGAACCUGGUUUUCAGAGGAACUUCCGGUAACGGCCAGGAGACGCAGGCCGCUUGGAUGACUGGCUCCGGUACUUCGAGCACAAAACCGACAGAUAUGUCGCGGUCCUACGACAGCCACUUCCGGGACAACUACGCCGUCAACCAUUGGGCGUCCCUCGGCGUCAAAUACGUCAAGUACGCCCUUUACAAACAGUCACGCGAAGUGGCGUUUAUCGUGUUCGACGGAACAGGUUCGGAUAUGACGUCAUGGUUCGCACAGCAGCGGGUGAUCGUCUCAAGCUACUCAGACAUUUCUCCAGCGACCACCUUCAAUUAUUUCUCAAUUCAAGGUCAUGAUAGGUAUGAUUUCAAGCGGACGUUCUUCAUCAACCAGCUUUAUGGUGACUGUGACCACGAUGCCGGAAACAUGGUGGUAGUGGAGCAUGACGGGGGCUGUGACUGGGACCACCAGCCACGUUACCCACAAUUCCUCUACUCCAACCUGAACGGUGCAGACUAUUGGAACCGCCGAAUGUUUGAGCGCGCCGACUAUCUCGCCAUUUUCGUAUACACUGGACCGUGAAUGGCAAUUUACUAUGUCAUCAUAAAAUAACAAAGCUACUUUGUACGAGAUAUUUAAUUCGAAAUAAAGUCACAUACAGAAAUGA